CGAGAAGCGCCAGAAGAGCUGAUCCUUCGUGCUCAGGAUGAUCGAGGAGGACGCUGCUCUGAGGAACGGCGGCAGGGGGCUCUCCGGCCAGUGGGCAGACGCGGCGGCCCCUCGUCCCCGCACCACCGAGCGACACAUAACGGUGCACAAGCGCCUGGUGAUGGGCUUCGCCGUCUCCAUCCUGGCACUGCUGGUGGUCACCAUGAUCGCUGUGCUGCUCAGCGUGCGCAUCGAGGAGUGCAGCAGCGGCACCGCUUCGGACGGCCCAGGAGGCAGGGCGGGCAACCGAAGUGUCCCGGCGGCACCCGCCGCCGCAGCCCCCGCAGGAAGUGCCCGCCUGAAUCAGCACAGCGCCGGGGAAACCCCUGGAAGUGCAAGGGAAGAGACCGUGGCGUUGGAAGCUGCUAGAGGGGAAGGGGAAGGGGAGGAGGAGGAGGAAGAGUGGCCGAGGCGGCGAGAGCAGCAGCCCUGGACCCAGCUGCGCCUUCCCGGACACCUGCGCCCCCUCCACUACAACCUGAUGCUGAGCGUCUUCAUGGAGAACUUCACCUUCAGCGGCGAGGUCAAUGUGCAAGUCGAGUGUCUCAACGCCACCCGUUACAUCGUUCUCCACGCCCACCGCAUGCACAUCGAAGCAGUCCGCGUGGCUGAGGACCGGCUGGCUGGUGCCUUGAAUGUCUCCGGCUUCUUCCUUUACCCUCAGACCCAGGUCUUCGUGAUAGUCCUCAAUCGGAGCUUAGAGGAGCAGAGAAGUUACAACCUUAAGAUCCUCUACAACGCUCCGAUCGAGAACGAGCUUUUGGGAUUUUUCCGCAGCUCUUACGUCCUCUACGGGGAAAGAAGGUUUCUUGCAGUUACACAGUUUUCUCCUACACAUGCCAGAAAAGCCUUUCCUUGCUUUGAUGAGCCUAUCUACAAGGCCACAUUUAAAAUCAGCAUCAAACAUCAAGCAACUUAUUUAUCUUUGUCCAAUAUGCCAGUGGAAACUUCUGUUUCUGAAGAAGAUGGAUGGGUUACGGAUCACUUUACACAGACUCCACUCAUGUCCACAUAUUAUUUAGCUUGGACUGUUUGCAAUUUUACAUACCGUGAGACUACCACAAACAAUGGUGUUGUAGUACGAUUGUACGCAAGACCUGAUGCCAUUAGAAGAGGAUCCGGAGACUAUGCUCUAAACAUUACACGGAGAUUAAUUGAGUUCUAUGAAGAUUACUUCAAAGUACCCUAUUCCUUGCCAAAAUUAGAUCUGUUAGCUGUGCCUAAGCAUCCUUAUGCUGCAAUGGAGAACUGGGGAUUAAAUGUUUUUGUGGAGCAAAGGAUACUCCUGGAUUCAAGCAUUUCUUCCAUAUCGUAUUUACUGGAUGUCACCAUGGUCAUUGUGCAUGAGCUAUGCCAUCAGUGGUUUGGUGAUCUUGUAACUCCAGUAUGGUGGGAAGAUGUGUGGCUAAAAGAAGGCUUUGCUCACUAUUUUGAAUUUGUUGGAACUGACUAUCUCUAUCCAGGCUGGAAUUUGGAGAAGCAAAGGUUUCUGACUGAUGUCUUACAUGAAGUCAUGUUACUUGAUGGCCUGACAAGUUCUCAUCCCGUGUCACAAGACGUGCAGCAGGCCACAGAUAUUGAUCGAGUCUUUGACUGGAUCGCCUAUAAAAAGGGUGCAGCUUUAAUUCGAAUGCUGGCUAAUUUUAUGGGUCACUCAGUAUUUCAGAUGGGCCUACAAGAUUAUUUAACUAUUCACAAGUAUGGCAAUGCUGCAAGGAAAGACCUAUGGAAUACACUGUCAGAGGCACUUAAGAAGAUUGGGAAAUUUGUGAAUAUCCAAGAGGUAAUGGAUCAGUGGACGCUCCAGAUGGGUUACCCUGUUAUCACUAUCAAGAGAAAUGAAAAUAAAGACAGUAUUAUAGAAAUCUCUCAAGAUCACUUUGUUUAUGACCUUGAUAAAGAUCUCAGUUUGAGAAACAACAGCUACUUGUGGCAGAUUCCAUUAACAAUUGCAGUAGGAAAUACAAGCCACAUCUCACCAGAGACAAUUAUAUGGGUGUCUAACAAAUCAGAACAUCACAGAAUUGCAUAUCUUAAUGGAGGUACUUGGCUGCUUGGAAACAUCAAUCAAGCUGGCUACUUUAGGGUUAACUAUGACAUUAGAAACUGGAGAUUGAUAAUUGACCAACUUAUGAGAAACCAUAAAGUAAUCUCUGUCAGUAAUCGUGCAGGUUUGAUCGAUGAUGCAUUCAAUUUAGCCAGGGCUGGCUAUUUGCCCCAGAAUAUUCCACUUGAAAUUAUUAGAUACCUGUCAAAGGAAAAGGAAUUUCUACCUUGGCAUGCUGCUAGCCGAGCUCUUUAUCCUCUAGAUAAGUUGCUGGACCGCACUGAGAACUACAACAUGUUCAAUGAGUACAUCUUAAGACAAGUUGCUUCAAUGUAUCUAAAGCUGGGAUGGCCAAUGAAUAAUUUGGAGAAAUCUUUGGUUCAAGCUUCCUACCAGCAUGAGGAGUUCCGCCGUGAAGUGAUUAUGCUGGCAUGCAGCUUUGGUAACAAGCAUUGCCACCAGCAGGCUGCAACUCUAAUCUCUGACUGGAUCUCCAGCAAUAGAAACAGAAUACCACCAAAUGUAAGAGAUAUCGUCUACUGCACAGGAGUUUCACUGAUGGAUGAAGAUGUAUGGGAAUUCAUCUGGAUGAAAUUCCACUCAACUACAGCAGUAUCAGAGAAGAAAAUAUUAUUAGAAGCUUUAACUUGUAGUGAUGACAGAAAUUUGUUAAACAGGCUACUUAACCUAUCUCUUAAUUCAGAAGUUGUCCUGGAUCAGGAUGCAAUUGAUGUCAUAAUCCAUGUAGCUAGAAAUCCACAUGGAAGAGAUCUUGCUUGGAAAUUUUUUAGAGAAAAGUGGAAAAUAUUGAAUGCAAGAUAUGGAGAAGCAUUAUUUAUGAAUUCAAAACUGAUAAGUGGAGUCACAGAAUUUCUUAAUACAGAGAGUGAACUGAAUGAGCUAAAGAAAUUUGUAAAGAAUUAUGAGGAGAGAUCUGCUGCCUCUUUCUCUCGAGCUGUGGAAACAGUGGAAGCAAAUGUCCGGUGGCAGAUGAUUUACAAAGAAGAAUUAUUUCAGUGGCUGAGAAAAACACUUGCACACUAAUCUGUGUUUCUGGCAAAGACCUAGUACAAAUUUUGAAAGAGGAGAAGCACAGUGGGAACUUUCAGAAAACUGACCAGAAAUCCAGCAAAGACAAGUUCAAGUUGGAAGGACAAUUAAAUAGAGAUAUAUUAUAUUUUUGCACCAAAUUCCUCAGAACUGUUAAAUGAUUAGGGCACACUGACAAAGAGGAAUGGUCAUGAAUCCCAUCCCUACUAUUCCAUGGCCAAGUGUGAUAUUAAGUGGUGCAUGUAAAUGUUAAUGUCAGUUUUGUUGGAGAAAACCCCUGAGAAUAUUUGUGCAUGGUUUUAUGGUUCCUGCCCGUAUUUCAGCAUGCUUACUUCAGAUGUCCAUGUUUUGUAUGUGAAUUUCUGUUACAUCAAAGAUGGGCAUUAUGCAAAAGCACAAAGACUCUUAUGACAAUCAGUGAUGUAACAACAAGGUAGGAUGGAAAAAAAGACGUUAAACAUACAAAUGAACAUCUCCAUAACUUCUCCACUUUCCAUGGUGCUGGCCAGUUCAAUCAACAUUAAAAUUCCCUUUAAGUUACUCUUUCAAUGCUAAUCCUUUUUUGAAUUGUAAACAGUAAUAUAAAUUACAAUCCAAAGAUUCCUCUUUCUAAAACAAGAAUACAUAUGUAUUUAGAGGCAGAAUAUUUUCACAGUAAAUUAUAAUUUUUAAAAAAUACAUUUAUCCAUUACUCAUCAUCUAUUGAUAGAUGUACUGAUAAGCGAUUUUACAACAGCUAGUUUACAUGUUUGGUGGGGUGGGGGGAGAGUAAAAAAAAUAAGUCUUUUUGUGUGAAAACAUGUGUUUUCAGAAAAAGCAUUCAGUAGAUAUCACAUUGUUCUUUGAUAGUUGCAUAUAUGAUAGAAAAAUUAACUGAGAGAAAGAAAAGAAAACCAGGGGAAAACUGGAAAAUUAUGUAAACUAAAAGAACUUCCUAGGUAAUGUUUAAAUUGUAAGAAACAUCCAUUCCCCGCUACCAUCCUUGUCCGUUAGAGUGUCUUGUUUCUUCAUAGAUACCCAAUUAAAAUCCAAUGAAAUGGAUGACAUUUGAGCAAUUGUGAAAUUUGAAAAAUUUGAAAAAAGAUUAUUUUGUCUAUUUUACUAUUUUUUAAAAUUUAGCUAAGGCAUUUUCUAAUGCAAUUCAAAGGCAUCAAUACAAUUAUUAAAAAUUAUUGCCAUUUAAUAUAAUGGUCUUAUUUGAGAGUACCAUACACUACAUCAGCUUUUCCCCCUUAUUUAGAAUUUCUAUAAAGAUUUAACAAAUAACAAUCUAACUGGA